AUACUAAGGGCUGCCCAAUCCGCGCCAGCGAUACCAUUACACAGACUUUGCCGAGGAAUAUCUAGCAAUCCUAGCUACAUCUGUAGGUGGUUUAACAAGGUGAAAAUGUUCACCAAGACGUUGAUAUUGAUAUAUGUAUAUAUACGUAAAUGUUGUCUAUACUGUACUUAGACGGCGAAAUUUUUCACUUAGCAUAUCAUUUGAAUAACAACGGACUAUUGAGAGUACCACGUGCUUUCAUUGUCGUGUAUUGAUGUGGUACAUGCAGUGUCAAUAAUGCAGUAGAUGAGAGCGUAAAGCUACAGGUUAUAUUAUGACCUAGACGAUAUCGCGGAUCUUAUCGUUCAAUGAUUACUACCUACGUUUAAUGGAAAGCUAUUUGAAUGUGUUGUGUCAUGAAACAUCAACUAUGACCAGAGGUGAUUCGUUCCACAAUAGGCUUAUAAAAGAUAGAUGAUGCCAUGUCGAAGUCUGACCUGUGCCGCUUUCUUCCUGCAAACUGAAACAAGAAAGAAAUGGGAUCAGGAUUCAGUUCCGUGUGUUCGAGCAACAGGUCUGUUGUCAUAUCCAACAGUGUGCGCAAAGUAAGAGAUCGGGGUAGUGUGCCGUCUAUACGGGCGGCACCAGACCAUCAUCUCCCUCGUGUCCCAGGCAAACUUCGACCCUGUAUUUCUAAAGAUUCUGGUAUAGUAGAAAACGAAAUUCCACAUGGACAAAGCACAGACUUUUCUAGAUCAGACAGUGAUCUGAACAUUCGAGAAGACGCCGAUGAAUCAAACGAUUCUGAUGAGACGGUUUAUUCUGAAAAAGAUUCUGUGCAUACAUCUAGACCACAUUCAUGUCGUUUGGGCGACCGUCGGAAAUCGCAAAAAAUAAAGGAAAGUGGCGACUCUUUAGUCGCAGAGGACAGGCUGGUUCAGUAUUUACGGGCAAGUCGUAGUUUGGGUACCGAGGGUGACUUUGAUGAAAAUUUUCCCAGUAGUCGAGUCGGAGACGACGACGACGAUGAUGACGGCGACGAAGAUAGUUUUUACGGAAGUUGUAACAAAAAUAGAAAGAAUUAUAGUAGAAGUUCUCAUAAACGAAAGAGUUCAUCGAGAUUACGAAGUGGUAGGAGUGUAAGUAAACGAAGCAGCACCACAACCGGAAGUUACGUUGAUAGUGAUUCAGAUUCAGAAAAUUAUAGUGAUUCGGAUUUUUGGACAAUUCCGGACGAAACGGGAAUGCCAAGUAAAAAAUCCGAUGAUAGGAAUAGAAAAGGAUGGGUCACACACGAAGACCGGAAGUCUUACGAUAACUAUUCCUCUUCCGGUUCCAUGACUCCAACUCCAAGGUCCAGUCAAAGUCAAACGCUUGAUUACUACAGAAUCGUAAGUGACAGUUACAAGCGUUAUGGUGCAAAUCUUCACAAGAAAGCCAGCGAACGCUCCAUAUCCAGUAUUAUACUAAUGCCGAUUGCUGACUUGCGUACUCCCACUAACAUGGAAUGGUAUAAUGAGCCAUCUAACAGCUUGCCUACCCACCUCCAAAGGAGAAUGGACGACUUAGUGGAAGCAUUCCUAGAUGCCUUACAAGACCGCCACGAACACGGAGACCUAAGUCAGUCAGAAUACGAGAUUAUCAUGAGGAAUCUACGUCAUCAACUCGUCGAUUUCGUGUUCACGUGUAUUGCUAAUGAUAUUACCCCCCGCGUUGAAAUCCAGGCAAAUACACAGACAUUGUUUUCUGAUUCUGGUUCAACUGGAAAUUCCCCUUGGACUGUGGAAAUACAACUAAAACCAUCCGACGAGGAGAUUCUCCAAACAUCUGAAAAACAACUUGCCCGAAAACUUGUGCAGAAGGGAUCGAAGAUCACUCGUGACGACAUAGCUAUUCUACUUGGUGACCACUUGAGGACAAUUGAACAGUUACAGCACGUGCGUGAUUCUGGUCGUCUGCAGCAAACUGAUGGUGUAGAGGACAAACAUCGUCUUGCAUCAGCGCCAUCUCCUCGAAAAGGCUCUGCAAACAUGAGUUCAAAGAGGAAGAAAGUUCCCAGUAGUGCCCCCAACAAGUCGAGUCGGUCUGAGAAGGGGCGAACAGGUGGUAGCCAUAACGUCCUCACCAACUGUCUGCGUCCUCAAGCCAAGGAUGACGACCUUCCUGGGAGGGUUAAGGUAUGCACUGUCAGUGGAGGGUUCAGCAACGAGGAGGAUAGUGACAGCACCAUCGAGAACCUCUCCGACUCUGAGAAAACACGGUCAUUCAGGAAAAGUGCAUCUCUUGAUGAGAAACGAUUACGCCAGAGCAAACAUUUCGAUCAGGCACUUGACGAGAAUGAACUGUCUCAGAGAGUGAGCCGACAGAUAUGGGAUCAGUGGCGAACACUGCCUGAAGAGGAUUUCAGCCUCCUCAUCUCGGACAGUAGAGACUGCUUCAUCCAAACAUAUGGCCAGUACCUAGAAGAGCCUUCCAAGGUACAAAACCCGAAGAACCUUUCUACCAAGCCACCUCUUCACCCAGUUAAGCCCCCCUCAUCUGCCUCUCCAACGAAUCCAAGGUCACUAGAGUCAAGGUCAACCGAAGGAUGUAUCGAUAUAGCUAAUGAGCUGGGGCUACUUGACAAGACAUUCAUACAGAAUGUACAAGCACAAUUAGCUAAAGAUGCAAUAUCGAAGGAAUCCUUGGAAUCGCUAGUGCUUGAACACAUGAGGAAAACAUCUGUCAUCCGAGUUCAGGCCAUCACCGUAGGCCCAGCCCCGCUGACUCGAACAAGAAGUCUCAACGAUGCUGUGGAAGGAUAUAGGAGCCAAAACUCAUCCGCUGGAAGUACUCUCAGUCGGAAGAGUGAACCUGAUUUCCGGAGGUACACACUUUCCUCUCCGGAGUAUGAGGAUUUGUGGGGGUCCAACGAUAAACUCAACAAUAACCGGGUGAGCUCCGCGCGUAGAAAUGCACCACGUGCUGUGACGUCAAGGCGGCGGUCAGGGCAAACUCAGGUGCAUGGUCUUUCUCAUAUGGAGCCUCUUUCUGAGGGUGUGGAAGAAAACUCAAUGCCAAAGGUGGAGGAGAUCGAGGGCAAGUUGAGCGUGAAGAGUCGGCCAGAUAGUGGUAUAGCUGUGAGUAUGUCCUCUGGAAGUUACUCCAGUUACUCAAGUUCAGAGGUCGCCAAGGAAACGGACGAUAUCGAUGAAGCCUGCAUCACGGAGUCUUCCGAAAUGAGAGAUAGGCUUGGGAAGGUCAAUGCCGACUUACAUAACGAUAUGAAGAGUCUAGCCGCUGCCAUUACGAAGGGCCUGACGUCACAACAGCACAAGGCGCAUGCUUUGUACUAUUGGCUGACAAACCUCGGUAUCGCUAAAUAUGCCAGGUCUAACAAAGGGAAGAACACCCCUUCAGGGAAACUAAAGCAGCUAGUGGACAAGAAAAUAUCUUACGCCCAGCUGUAUAUUGACCUGUGCAAGGCGACUGGACUUAAGUGUGAAAAGAUAGACGGCUAUGUAAAAAACAAAGAUUUCUUGCCGGGAAACACAGUUCAAACUUCCAAGUGUCAGCAUACAUGGAACGCCAUCCACAUUGAUGGCCAAUAUAGAUUCGUAGAUCCAGCGUAUGGAGCAAGACGAGAGAAGUUCUUCAUGGACCACUACUUUCUUACAUCACCAGAUGAACUCAUCUUAUCACACUUUCCAAAAGACAAGAAAUGGCAUUUAAUGAACAACCACAUAUCUCUAGAUGUAUUCGAAGAAACAGUUAAGACCUGGCCUGCUAUGUUCCACUUUAACAUCCGUCCAUUAAACAUGAAAGCUGUGAUAAGGACAUAUGACGGUAAAUUGAGUAUCACUGUGUUGCUGCAGAAUGUGGCCGUUAUUCCGCAGCUCGACUACUCCGGCCCAGGCCCCGAGAUCGACUCCGACUCCCUGGUAGAUUGUAUUGACGAAGAAAUACGAGACAAUGAAAAUGCGGAGACGUUCCAUAUCUCCCUUCCUAGGGAGGGGAACUAUUACUUCACACUCCUCGGACAUGUACUUGAAGACGAGGUUGAUGUGCCCGUGUUUCAGUAUCGAAUCGAAUACACAGACGAAUUGUUAUGAGACAUUGUUUUGUGCUUUUCUUGCGAAUGGCUCGAGUGAGUUUCUUGAACAAUUGGUAUACAGCUCAAUCUGUGUUUCUAAAGUUUGUAGGGACUGCAACAGCUAAAUGUCACUGCAGUUAAUAUUCAAGGCGACAAAUAUGUAUAAAAUACAUCGGCAGUCAGCCACUACGCCUAGCAUUAUCUCAUACGAACAGUCAGUGAUUAAUAGCGUAAUGGGUUGGUAGGUUGUUAUGAAGAAUCAACGUAAAGAAAAACUUGCAUCUGCGUCCUUAAGUCUAAAAGCAGAUAUGUAAUGGUAAGGUUGCUUCAUUGGGGAUAAUUUAUUGGAGACUUGUUUUGUAUAGGGUACCCUGAUAUUAAGAUCGCCAGUAAAGAGGUAUGUUUUUCAAUGAAGCUUAUGAAACAAUAUUGAUUGUUUGAAAGUCUCUGAAUCCGUCGGUUUCCUUCCAUUGUUAUCGCAUUCCCUUUAUAGGUGUUUGGCGAUGAUUGUGAGAUGAUGUUUUAUAAAUAGAGGUGUGCUCAUCGUAUAAUCAUGUAGACCUAGUCUCAAUCAUCAUCAUCAUCAUCAUCAUCAUCAUCAUCAAAGUUAUUUUCGCGAAUACUUAAGAUAUAUUCUCGACAAUACAUUAGUAUUUUGCUAGUAUAUUUUUACAUCAAUACAUACAUAAAGACUAAGAUGGCUUCUAAUUCAGGUGCAUUGUCAAGCUGAUGCAGCUGUUGCAGUUGCUACUGGUUACUGAUAAAGCAGGUUUUCAGACGGGCAAUAUAUCUCUGAAAGUAGUAUUGCUUUCAGUAUUUCUUGGUUUUCACAAUUCAUACUUAUUGUCACAACAUGUUAGAUGCCAUAAGAUAUGAAAGUUUUGAAUGAUUGGAUUGAAUGAGAGUAGGCAUGUUUGUAUUUAUUAUUGUUAUAUAUGAUAUCAAAGUGCUAAACGAAAACAAAUCUAUUGCAAGAAAGUGAGAGCCGAACGUUUUUGCGCCUGUGCGUAUUUGGUGCCAUGCAAUUUCAUUAUUUCUUACUAUGUUCAUAUCAUUCACUUGAAUACCCGUAUAAAAGGUCAGAGGUCGCGCAGUGCUAAUUCCAUAUGAAUGUUAUAAUAUGUAUUAGCUGAGUGAAAUUUUGAAAUUUGAAAUUUUCACUGUGCUAUUGAAUUCGUCGAUCUACCACACCUCGAAUGCCAUGAAAAUUGCACAGUUGCGAUAAUGAAGCUAUAUACAGUAUCAGGGAUGAACUUGUUGUCGUUGAAUCAGAAUACCAAUUCAGUAUUGUUCAAUAUUAUCAAUGUGUCAUUAUUAUGAAUUUUGUUUCGUUAAUGAUGAUUUUCAGUUUAAAAGUUGAAAUCGUGUUAGUUUUAUUUUUCAACUUUGAUGCAACCAUGAGAAAUUCUCGGGGUUUUUUUUUUGGUUUUUUUUUUUGUGUAAAUAUAAAUGAUAAUUUAAAAGUUAAAUGCACAAAGAUGGAAAUUCAUUAAAUAUAUAGUUUCAUUUGAAUUGAUCAAUUAAACACCAAUGCAAAUGAAAUUUCUGUUAUCUGAAAUGAAUAUAUUGUGAUUCUAUGUAAGACACAUUACAAACCACCUUUGUACAAAUUAAUUGUUCACGUGUGAAAUCGAAUUAAUUGUCAUACAAACAAACACAUAUAUAAAUCAUAUCACUACACCAUUGUUUGCAUGCUCAAAACAUAUACCUCGUAUAUCCUGUUUUUGGAUGAAAAUUCAUAAUCAAAUUAUUAAAUCUAAUCUGUUAUUUCUGUUUGAAGUCUAACAUAACGUUUUGCUUUAAUAUAUACCUACUUGUUAUAUCAUACAGUUUUUUAGUUUAAAUGGUCCCAUUUUAUUUGUUAUCUCGUGUUGGAAAGAAUAGGAUGUAUAUGUCAUAAGGGCCCUAUCUGGAAUUAAAAGCAACAUCCCUUCUAUAAAUAAACCUCGUUUCUCCAUUCUAGCUCAAAACCAGUCUUAAAUAAAUUUUGAACUUCCCGAAUUCUACAUCGUAUUGUUGAGUUUAAUCUAUCUACACCAAAUUUUAAUUCCUUCUAUCUGAAAACAUACCCUAAUCUUGACUACUCUCUUCUCUCUAAACAAACUUCUUUUAUUAAAUUAAGUAACUGAGUUGUCUUUGAAAGGUCCUUGGUAAGAAAUAAGAAAAUGAGGUGUUGUGCACAGAUAAAUUCCAAGCAUGAUCAAAACUAGGUAAAAACCCUCUAGGUCUUGAAAAAUAUCAGGAAUUCCAAAAGAAGAAUCUGGUACGUUUGCAAUCGUUGUCUAUCUAGCGUUACAAAGUUUUCUAAACGAAAUUUCAGAUUCUAUGCUAGCAAUUUUGCGGAAGGUUUAUGAGUUUGGAAAUAUGCAAACAGUACAGUAUUCAAUAUAAAUCUAAUCUACAAUCAAAUAAUCAACACGAAAAUGCAAUCAAAUUACCCAGAAUUGUGAUCGAUGAUUGACGUAACCUAUGUAGAAUGUUUGGUGCAUUUGUGUUGUUGGGACAUCCGUCUGAGUUUUAAAGUUGAAUGUUAUGAAAGAAAACAAUUUAUUUUGUGUUCUAGAAAUAAUCUUUGGUCAUUUUAACAUUGUCCUUGCUUCAGAAAAUAUCAAUGUAUCACCAUCACCAUAAAAAAACCAUGAUUAUAUUAUGAUAUGCGACUUUGAUAUUUGAAAUAUAUUCAAUAAAUUUGUUUUCAAAUAGCAACAUUUGUCCCAAGGCGAGAAAUCAAGCAGGGUGUUACAAUGAAGAUGACCUUAGAUUAUUCAGAAUACAAAUAGGGAUCGUCCUCAUAAGCUGUGAUACACGUGUUAAAUAUUUAAGCAUACUAUUUAUUGUACAUAAAUUAUAUUUAUGAUAUAAAUUAUGUUGUUGCUUUAAUAAACAUUAUUUUGUGUAAAAUUGA